AUGCCACACACUCCAACCACUACUUCUCCCACCAAGACAACUCCCCAAAAUUCCUCUCUUCAACCAGAACAAACCUCAACUCACCCUCCUGCCAAUGCAUUGAAGCAGAAGAUGGUAUGUAAAUCCACUAGCAAUGUCCUACAAAUGCCGAUGAAAAUGAUAGUGAAACCUACUCCUGUCGAAAUAGGUACAAGAGGUACUGUUGGAUCCCUCAUACUACAAGAAAUCGAAUUCUUCAACCAGCUCGAAUUAGGUCCUCCAGAAAGCUCUCUCAAUGGUAGCAGUCAGCUUGAAGUAGAUAAGCCUUCUGCAAGAACUUGA